AUGCAAGAUGCUCAAGUACAUUUUAUGGGUAAUAAUCAAUUACGUAUUGGCGAGGAAAAUCUUGAUGAUAUUCUGGAACCAAAUACCGUAAUGAUGGCAUUCUUUGCCCGGGAUGAGCCAGAAAUCGUGG